AUGAAAACAACAGGAGACUCAGCGGACUGCAGAGAGCUGAGCAGACACUACCUCUCCGCUAAAAGUGAUGUGGCCCCGGCGUCAUCGCCGGGCGGCACCCCGCGUACCUUUCCGGUUCGCUUCCGGCAGCCAUUGGUCAGGGGCCUCUCCCAGAUCACCAGCAGCCUAUACAUCAGCAAUGGGGUGGCUGCCAACAACAAGCUCAUGGUCUCCAGCAACCGGAUCACCACCGUCAUCAACGUCCCAGUAGAAGUGGUGAACACUUUGUAUGAGGACAUCCAGUAUGUACAGGUGCCGGUGGCUGACGCACCCAUCUCACGUCUCUGUGACUUCUUUGACCCCACUGCUGACCACAUCCACAGUGUGGCGAUGAAGCAGGGCCGCACGCUGCUGCGCUGCGCUGCUGGCGUGAGCCGCUCAGCUGCCCUCUGCCUUGCCUACCUCAUGAAGUACCAUGCCAUGUCCCUGCUGGAUGCCCACACGUGGACCAAGUCAUGCCGGCCCAUCAUCCGGCCCAACAAUGGCUUUUGGGAGCAGCUCAUCCACUAUGAGUUCCAGCUGUUUGGCAAGAACUCCGUGCACAUGGUCAGCUCCCCUAUGGGAGUGAUCCCUGACAUCUACCAGGAGGGGGUCCGUUUGAUGAUUCCACUUUGAGCCAUCUCACCAACCUCUGUGCCCAGGUCAAAGGUGCAGAUCUGCUGUUGACCAAGAUCUGAACUUAAGCGUUCUACUGUUGUUACAGACAAAACAGAUAAUGCCUUUUAUAAGGACCAGAAAAAAAAAGGAAAGGUGCUGUAGCUUUUAACCUUAUUAUCCAUAUCUUCAAAGAUUAAAUUCACUAACUAUACGAUGGUGCAGGUAAGUUUCCUACCCUGUGAGUGACAGGUCAUGGCUGCUGGCCAGAUGGGAGAGAGAGGCAAGUGCCCAGGUCAAAUGGACCAGUGCCUAAAGCAUAUGGCAAGCUUGGAACCCUGCUGCUCUCCCGCAGACCGACCAACCCACAAACAAGUCAGCCACCAUUCCACUUCACUC